UUACCUUAAAUUAUUGCUUUAUUAUAUUUUAAUAAAGGUUAAUCACGUAUCGUUACUUGGAGAUUUGAAGAGCCUACGAGUUUUCCACUAUGGAGGAACUAAAUUCCCGAAUCCUUAUAAUGCUAUUGCCAAACUUUUGCCUGGAAUGCGUCUUGAUAUAUCCGCUAUGCCAUUAGGCAAUCGAGUUAAUUUCAACCUAUACAAGACAAACAACGACAUAGCUUUGCAUAUUUCUAUACGUUACUCCGAAGGCAUUAUUGUUCGCAAUUCAAUGAUAUCAAAUCAAUGGGGGGAUCAGGAAAUUGAAGGCAGUCUUCCAUUGGCAAAAAAUGAAAUUUUCGAUCUAACAAUAAUAAACGAACAAGCAAACUUUCUAAUCUUAUUUAACGGCAAAAAGUUUUGUAAUUUUGUGCAUCGUUCUCAGAAUUUUGAUAUUGAAACAUUAGAAGUUGAUGGAACUUUUGAAUUACAUACUGUUACAAUUAACAACGCACGUUAA